CAAAUGCAGAAACAUGACGCCGCAGCUUCUCUCGUACGGGAGGGAAAUAUAUUGAUCCCCGACAGCAAGAAAGGGAUUACGUAAUAUACUAAUAGUCUAGGGCAUCCCGUCUUCUCCUUCCUCUCCUCGCUCUUCUCCUCCUUGUUAAAUUCCUCCUGUUUUGAUUGCUGCUUCGGUUCCAACCUAUAUAUCCCCUAACCCAUCCACCAUUCUCGACAUGGCGCUUCCAUCAAUUACUCCCGAGGUGUAUCUGUUAUCCUUAAUAACGUCGAACUCUUCCAAAAAGCGCAAAAUCACACCGUCAAGCGAGGCCUCCUCUCCGAAGAGACUCGCCGUCAUUGCUGGCCCCGACGCUGCACAAAUUCCCGAGCACAUCAUCCAGCGGUUCUUCCAGGCUGAGUUUGCGCCAAAUCGUCGAAUUGAUGCGGGGCCUUUACCCAUCCCAAAUCCGCUGUUCCAGGGAACACUCGCGCAGACUGACCAGCCAUGGCAGCUGCUUCGACACAUAAUUCUGCCCUUCGACCUCAGAACCGACCCGGACGCCUUCUACCAGCCUGAGAAUAGGGACAUACUGGCAAGUAUCUUUCCCGGUAACCACGGCCUGUCGAUGGACGGCAUGUUUCUGUACUUCCUCCAAAAAGCGGCGCCUCCGAAGCCAUGGCCAAGAACAAUCGCGGGACUUCCACCCUAUUUCGCGCCAGAAAUUGGCCCACAGCACACACCAAGACCAUUUGGAUUCCUUGUCCAGCAAGAGAAUGACUCAAUCGCUGAAGACCAAAACGGUCGGGACAUGGAAGAUUGGGAACCUCUCUUUUAUAUCAUUCAAAGCCACUUCCGCGCCCUGGGGAUUGGUAUCACUGAAGUUAUGUACUGGGGCAACUACGUCAUUAUCGUAUUGGAGCAUCGUGACACCGAUGUCACGAAACUGCCACGGAAGGCGGCGAACAUCGCAUGUACGUACUUGUAUGAUGAUGAGAUUGGAAGGCCUUCAGCACCGCAAGCCCGCCGCAUUAUGGACCCGACCUUUAAUCGAGCCCGUUUCUCCCGUUUGACACCAGGGAACCCUGACGAAAGCGAGUAUAAGACUUUACAGCCCGGCGUUCGAGUGACCUCGGCGUGCAUGACAAGCAAGCCCAACACCUUUAUGUCAACGACGGCCGGAGCUCUAGUAAGUGAUCUAGCCGGCAACGAGUUUAUGACUGUCGCUUCCCACAGAUUCCCGGACGAAUGCGGCACGAAGGUCACCCACCCACUCCCCGUGGGUGGCCGGACCGUCGGCGAACUUAUAAUGGAGGUGACGCAUACGGGCAUUGGACUCGUGAAGUUAGCAGACACCGAGAGGUUCUCCAACGUUACCUUCCAGAGCGAGUCUAUCUCAGAGUCUACCCGGCUGAAAAAGCUAAGCAGUGUUAAGAAGCUGCAGGUGGGGGAUUUUGUUUACCUGGACUCCCCCGAUACAGGAAGUUUAGAGGGGAGCUUUAUGGGCUCAUCAUUUCAACGAAUUCCCGUCGAUGACCAUAGCAAUCCGCAGCAACGAAUUCCCGACGAUGACCAUAGCAAUCCGCAGCAACUCUGGGUAUUCACUGCUUGGGUAUACAUGGGGCAGGGGUCAGCAAGCACUCUUCCAGACAGCAUGUGCGGCAGUACUAUCUGGACCAGCAAGGGGGAGGUUAUUGCCUUUUUUAGACACGCUCUAAAGAGUGGGGUUAUGAAGGAUUGGUGUGUAGGGAUAGCUGCAGAUGAGUUGAUGAAGCGAGGAUACAAGCUCGUUGAUGGAACUGAAUCUUAGAGCAGGGUUAUUAGCUUAAGCAAAGCCAGUGAAUUAAGUAAAAAUCAAUAGAGUUAUAAUAGCU